UCGACUCAGGGACCGCACUCCAUUUCCCAGAGUCCCUCGGGACGGGGCUCGAUAAGGACCUGCCCCUUCCCUGGUCUGGGAAGAGUCGGGGCCAAGAUGGCGACAGGGACGGGCAAACACAAGCUGCUGAGUACUGGCCCCACAGAGCCAUGGUCUAUUCGGGAGAAACUAUGUCUGGCCUCCUCUGUCAUGAGGAGUGGAGAUCAAAACUGGGUGUCAGUUAGCAGAGCAAUCAAGCCCUUUGCUGAACCUGGCCGACCUCCUGACUGGUUUUCUCAGAAACAUUGUGCUUCCCAGUAUUCGGAACUUCUAGAGACCACUGAGACCCCAAAGCGGAAACGUGGUGAAAAGGGGGAAGUGGUAGAAACAGUAGAAGAUGUUAUUGUUCGGAAACUGACUGCUGAAAGAGUUGAGGAGCUGAAAAAAGUAAUUAAGGAGACACAGGAAAAAUACAGACAACUGAAGAAAGAUGCAGAACUUAUCCAAGCUGGACAUAUGGACAACCGACUCGAUGAACUAUACAAUGACAUUGCAAUGAAAAAAAAACUGGAGGAAGAAGAGGCUGAAGUGAAGAGGAAGGCCACAGAUGCUGCAUAUCAGGCUCGACAGGCAGUGAAAACACCACCUCGGAGAUUACCAAGUGUGAUGGUCCGAUCCCCUGCAGGUUCUACUUCUCCAGGAGGUGACUAUCCAUUGGGUGACUUGACUUCAUCAGCUAUUGAAGAGGCCAGUCCUGGGGUAAACCCUGGGACACUGCCGAGUACCCCAGUUACCUCGUUUCCUGGGAUUCCUGAUACCCCUCCUCCAGGCUCUGCACCCUUAGAAGCCCCCAUGACCCCAGUCACAGAUGACUCACCCCAGAAAAAGAUGCUUGGACAGAAAGCAACUCCACCCCCCUCCCCUCUGCUGUCAGAGCUCUUGAAGAAGGGCAGCCUCCUGCCUACUAGCCCCAGACUGGUCAGUGAGAGUGAGAUGACUGUGGCUUCUGGCCACCUAAACAAUGCAGGUGUUCUUCUAGAGGUAGGCGGGGUCCUUCCUAUGAUGCAUGGAGGGGAAAUGCAGUCAACACCCAGCACUGUUGCAGCCUCUCCUGCUGCGUCAGGUGCUCCUACUCUUUCCCGGCUUUUAGAAGCUGGUCCUACACAGUUCACCACACCUCUCACUUCCUUCUCUGCUGUUGCCAGUGAGUCUCCAGCUAAACUUCUACCACCCCCUGUAGAGUCUGUACCCCAGGCUACCAUUGUUAUGAUGCCUGCAUUGCCAGCGCCAUCCUCUGCUACAGCUGCCGCCACAUCAGAAAGUGUAGUUCCAGUAAGUCAGCCUGACACUCGGGUACCUAUGGAGGCGGUGAGCGAUCAGCAUACUGUGACUGUUUCCAUGGACAGCAGUGAAAUCUCCAUGAUCAUCAACUCUAUCAAAGAGGAAUGUUUCCGAUCUGGGGCAGCUGAGGCCUCUGGAGGAUCAAAAGCCCCCAGCAUUGAUGGAAAAGAAGAUUUGGACCUGGCAGAGAAGAUGGACAUUGCUGUAUCUUACACAGGAGAAGAGCUGGACUUUGAGACUGUGGGAGAUAUCAUUGCCAUCAUUGAGGACAAAGUUGAUGAUCAUCCAGAAGUCUUGGAUGUGGCUGCUGUAGAAGCUGCCCUGUCAUUCUGUGAAGAAAAUGAUGACCCCCAGUCCCUGCCUGGCCCUUGGGAGCAUUCUCUUCAACCAGAGCAAGAGAAGCCAAUCCCUGCUCCCUCAGCAGACAUGACAGUCAAGCAAGAGAGGCUUGACUUUGAGGAGUCAGAGACCAAGGCAAUCCGUGAUCUGGUAGACAUUGUGGAACCAAGUGCUGAGAUCAAAGUUGAACCAGUAGAGCCGGAGCCCAGUAUUCCCAGUCCUGAAGCAGCAGCUGGAGUUGUUAUAGCAACAAACACAGAGCCGCCUGAGCUUAGAAGUCAAGAUGUAGAAGAAGAACCUAGAGGUGGUGUUGGUGUUGCUGUUGCUGCUGCCACUGCCACCACCAGUGCUGUUGUCACCGCUGCCACCACUGUUACCACUGCUGCUGCAGUGGCUGCAGCUGCAGCAGCUGUGGCUGCGGCCACAGCUGCUGCCGCAGCAGAAAUUCCUGAAGUGGAGACCUUGAUUGGGAAAGUUGAUGAGCCUGCCCAUCCUACAGUAAAGAUAGAGGCUUCCCCUGAAAGUGUGAUAUCUUUCCCACAUGUUCAGAAUCCCAAUGAAGAUCCUUCAGAGACAGAUAAUCAGCACAAGUUUGAGUUGUCAGAUUCAAUGAAAGAAGAAUCGGGAACUAUUUUUGGAAGCCAGAUAAAGGAUGUCCCAGGUGAGGAUGAAGAUGAAGAUGGGGCCAGUGAAGCAGCUAGCUUAGAAGAACCCAAGGAAGAAGAUCAGGGAGAGGGUUAUCUGUCUGAAAUGGAUAAUGAGCCUCCUGUGAGCGAGAGUGAUGAUGGCUUUAGUAUUCAUAAUGCUACUCUUCAGUCCCACACUUUAGCAGACUCCAUCCCCAGUAGCCCUGCAUCUUCACAAUUUUCUGUUUGUAGUGAGGAUCAGGAAGCAAUUCAGGCCCAGAAAAUAUGGAAGAAAGCUAUCAUGCUGGUAUGGAGAGCUGCAGCCAAUCACAGGUAUGCCAAUGUCUUCUUGCAACCUGUCACGGAUGAUAUAGCACCUGGUUACCAUAGCAUCGUACAGAGGCCUAUGGAUUUGUCAACCAUUAAGAAGAACAUUGAGAAUGGGCUAAUAAGGACAACAGCUGAAUUCCAGCGAGACAUUAUGCUGAUGUUCCAGAAUGCUGUGAUGUACAAUAGCUCUGACCAUGAUGUCUACCACAUGGCUGUGGAGAUGCAGAGGGAUGUUUUGGAACAAAUCCAGCAAUUCCUGGCCACACAGCUGAUCAUGCAGACAUCAGAGUCUGGAAUCAGUGCCAAAAGCCUUCGAGGGAGAGAUUCUACCCGCAAACAGGAUGCUUCAGAGAAGGACAGUGUCCCCAUGGGCUCUCCUGCCUUCCUUCUCUCUCUCUUUAUGGGGCAUGACUGGGUUUGGUUGGAUUCUGAACAAGAUUAUCCUAAUGAUUCUGAGCUGAGCAACGACUACAGGUCCCUCUUCAGCUCAUGGGACUCCAGUCUGGAUCUUGAAGUGGGCAACUGGAGGGAAACAGAAGAGCCAGGAGCAGAGGAGCUAGAGGAGAGCAACUUAGGCAGAGAGUCCAGUGACCCUCUUAUGGGGGAUGGAGGCAGUGAGGAAUCCCAGGAAGAGACAGAACAAUUCAACCAUCAAAACCUCCUUCAUUUCCUCUCUGAGGUAGCCUACUUGAUGGAGCCACUGUGCAUCAGCAGCAAGGGAACAAGUGAGGGCUGCAGGUCUCAGCCUGGCUCUAGGAAGCAAGAAGGAAGGGAAACUCAAGAUGUUGAGGGAGAGACAGGGGAGCCAUGCAGGGAGAUGGAGGAGUUUCCAGCCAUGGGGAACGGCUCAGUAGCACAGAAGGAGUUGGAGGGAAAAAAUGAGAGGCCAGAGAUGGCCCCAGUUCCCUCAGAUAUAUGUGAAAUUCAGGGGCCACCCCCAGAGAGUAAAGAGGGGGGGACAAAGGAAGAACCCAAAGACGAAAAAAGUGAAGGAUGUGUCUCUGAGGUAGAGAGUAAACCGCCUUUGGGUGAGUGUGAUGAUGGCCUCAACAUUAAGGAGACUCCAUUGGUGGAUUUAAUUUUCAGCAAUGCCUCUUCCUCCAAGAUGACUGAUCCAAACCAGGGUGAUCCUGUCAAGGAACAGCUGCUAUUCAAGAAAACUCUCCUUCCAGUCUGGAAAAUGAUUGCCAGUCACAGGUUCAGCAGUCCAUUUCUGAAACCUGUGUCAGAUAGGCAAGCUCCGGGGUACAAGGAUGUGGUGAAAAGACCUAUGGACUUAACCAGUUUGAAGAGGAGCCUCUCUAAGGGACGUAUCCGCAGUAUGGCCCAGUUCCAGCGUGACUUGAUGUUGAUGUUCCAGAAUGCUGUAAUGUACAAUGACUCUGACCAUCAUAUUUACCACAUGGCUAUAGAGAUGCAAAAAGAGGUCCUAGAGCAGAUCCAGAUCUUGCAGGUUUCCUGGAGCAAUUCCCCAAGCCACAAGUCAACAGCCAUUGGGAGGAGAAACUGCAGCCAAACUUCUAAACAAGAAGCUAUAGCCAUUGAAUAUUUUCAGGCAGCUGCUUUUGCUCAUAUAAAUUUGACAUCAUUCCAUCUUUGCCCAUUCCCAAGGUGCUAAGUAUUUGUUUGGUUAGACAAGAAGAAACUUGAGUGAUGUGGACUGAUUAACCAGGGAAUCACAGAGAGCCUUCGGGCUUCCAGCCGGAUGGCUCCCCAAGCCUGACCUUGACUUCUGACCUCAGCUCUGACCGAGCCGAGGCUGUUCUGGAGUCAGGGACUUUAUGCUUGGCCCUGACCUGGAUCGUAUCUCAGAGGUUGUUCGAGUUGAGUUAUCCUUUGUUUGUAAGAUUGAGAGGCCUUAAGUCACCCAAGAGAAGCCCGGGAUGUUUUUAGUCAGGGACCCCGGAGGAGCGGGCAGGUUUGCGGCUUGUGCCUCAGCCCACAGACUUCCUGCUUCCACCUGGCUUCUUGUGUGACCGACCUUAGAAUAAACGUUGUUUAACAAA